CGAAUAAGCUUUAGCUGCCCCCAACAGACCUAAGACAUCUAAAUACAUAAGAAAAGCGUCCCUUUUAGUCCUGCAGAUUUGUUUCCAAGAAGCACUGUAACCAAAGGUCAUCAAUGGCGACAAUAGCAUCCCUCGCCUUAGUAGCAGGCCCAACAAAGUUUGCCUGUAUUUCCCCCAAAUCCAUGACCAUGAGCGCCCAAAUCACUCCCCCCAUUACCUUCUGUCAUCGCCAUAGCCGAAACGCUAUAUUCACCUCCAUUUCCCCUUCCCAUCGACGAUUCCCCUCAAUUCAAAAACCCAUCUCCUCCUCCCUCCCCAACCCUACCUCUCCUCCCCUCUUCCCCAAAAUCCGUUCCCUCAAAUCCCGCCUCACCGCCGGAGAAACUCUCUAUGGCCUCUUCCUCCUCAGUUCUUCCCCUACCCUCGCUGAAAUUGCCGGCCUGGCCGGUUACGACUACGUAGUGAUCGACAUGGAGCACGGACCUGGAGGCAUCUCCGAUGCCCUCUCCUCUCUCCGAGCCCUCGCCGGCACCGGCACUGCAGCAGUCAUCCGCCUCCCUGAAACCUCUGCAACCUGGACGAAAAAAGCCCUAGAUCUCGGUCCACAGGGCGUCAUGUUCCCGAUGAUCGAAGAUGCCCGAGCUGCCGAGCUUGCCGUUUCCUUCUGCCGCUUUCCCCCACGCGGCGUCCGCGGUUCUGCUCAUCCCCUCAUCCGUGCCUCAGCAUACGGAAUCAACGACAAUUACCUCAAUUGCUGCGAAGACGAUCUGUUGAUUAUGUGCCAGAUUGAGAGUGUGGCGGCGGCGAACAAUAUCGAGGCGAUCGCGGGUGUUGAUGGAGUUGAUUGCUUGCAGAUGGGGCCGUUGGAUCUGAGCGCUAGCAUGGGGUAUUUGUGGGAUCCAGGAAACAGCAAAGUCAGGGUGAUGCUGCGGGAGGUGGAGAGGAGAGUGUUAGGAUUGAGGAAGGAUGGUGAAGAGAUGGCUUCGACGCCGUAUCUGGCGGGAUUUGCGAUGCCGUUUGAUCCGCCGGAGGAUAUGAAGUUGAGGGGAUAUCAUAUGGUGGCUGGGGCGGCGGACGUGGGAAUGUUUAGGAAGGCAGCGGUGGAGGAUGUCAUGAGGUUCCGGUUAGCGGCGACGGAGAUGGGAGAGAAGGACGGUGAUGCCUGAUUAAGGUGCUGACUGGCAAAAAAAACAUGAUCUUAAAACUAUUUGGCAGGUUCUGUUAAAUCUCAAUCCAGUUCGUGCGCCAAGGUUUAUCCUACAUCCAAGUUAAAUUCAGGACUAAAUUCAUUUCAUUUCAAGAUAGGUCCUAUUGUCACGUGCAAAUAUAUAUAAAUUUGAUAGUAUUGUGGUGUUAUUGUGAUGAUUUUUAUCAUAACAUCAUCAAUUUGCAUGUGAAAAUUUCACACGUAAUAUCCGUUCGGUGAUGAUUAAGCGUUUGUAGUGGAGCGAGUGAGUUUGAUUUUGAAUUGGCUUCAAGUGAUGCAAAAAUUUAGAGAACCAACAAGUUUCUUUUAUUGAUUUGGACUGCUUUCUUUUGUGUGUUUGUA